CUUAUUAUGAUUACCCUUAUUACACUCAUAUAUAUAAAUUUUUCAUUGUUUAAAUUACGCUUAUUACCCUUAUUACGAUCAUAUUUGAACUUUAUUAUACUCAUUACAAAUCAUCUUCACCCUUAUUACAUUCAUUCAUUUGACAUUUCAAAGUUCAAACCUUAUUACGUAUUUUACCCUAAUUACAUUUAUUAUCCUUAUCCCUUGUUACUAUUAUUAUAUUCUCUCUCCUCAUCCAUAUUCUUUUUUUUUUUAUAAAAAAACAUCCUGUUUUCCCGUUACGCAAUAUUGAAAGCUCCUAAAACAGAGAUCUCGUGUACUGACAAUCAGAGAAUCGUAUCGACGCCAUCAAUUUAUUCUGUUAAUCUUUUUUUAGUUAAUAGACAACUAAAAGUUUUUGUCGAUCAAUAAAGUAAAAAAUUUUUCUUUGUUAACAUAAAGUACAGUAAUAUACAUUAAUACAUUAUACAUAAUUAACUUUAUUUCGUUUCUUUUUCUUUCUUUCUUUCUUUCUUUCAAUAAUCAAAGAAACUUAUAAAGAUUGAAUUAGAUACUUUUUCGCGUUACUUUUUAUUUGAAACACUUUGAUAUUGACCUGCAUAAUUAAAAAUGUCAAAAUAAG